AUGUCUUGUAACUACAUAGCAGAUGACAUCUGGCAUGGCAAGUCUCAUUCACUUCAGCACAAGACUACGCUUGAAGUGCUCCAGAAUACCCAUGGCUCCUCCCCAUUCAAUCUAGAUAAGGCCUUGAGUAAAGAGCACCCUUGGGGAAGUCACAAGAGCCUAGGAAACAGGUCAGAAACCUGUGGACCUGGGUCCAGCGAUCUCGUACAAAUCCUCUGCCCCACAGCUGACGUCCUUCGGCCCGUGACACAAGGCGCAGGCGCAAGACGCGGCCCGCGGUGGGCGGGGAAGGGGCGGGGCGCGGCCGGCGGCCGCGCCCUCGCAGCUUCCGCCGGGCCCCUCCGGAAAUCCCAUAUCGUGGGGCAACGGCGGCGUAAAAACUGUCCCUUAAGUGACAGCGGAGAGAACCAGAGAGCCCAGAAACCCGAGGACCUAAAGCGAUUCUUGUAUAAAAAGUUACCAAGUGUCGAAGGGCUCCAUGCCAUUGUUGUAUCAGAUAGAGAUGGAGUACCUGUUAUUAAAGUGGCCAAUGACAAUGCUCCGGAGCAUGCUUUGCGACCUGGUUUCUUAUCCACUUUUGCCCUUGCAACAGACCAAGGGAGCAAACUUGGACUUUCAAAAAAUAAAAGUAUCAUCUGUUACUAUAACACCUACCAGGUGGUUCAAUUUAAUCGUUUACCUUUGGUGGUGAGUUUUAUAGCCAGCAGCAAUGCCAAUACAGGACUAAUUGUCAGCCUAGAAAAGGAACUUGCUCCAUUAUUUGAAGAAUUGAGACAAGUUGUGGAAGUUUCUUAAUCUGACAGUGGUUUCAGUGUGUACCUUAUCUUCAUUAUAACAACACAAUAUCAAUCCAGCAAUCUUUAGACUACAAUAAUACUUUCAUCCAUAUGCUCAAGAAAGGGCCCCUUUUUCCAACUUACACUAAAGAGCUAGCAUAUAGAUGUAAUUUAUAGAUAGAUCAGUUGCUAUAUUUUCUGGUGCAGGGUCUUUCUUAUUUAGUGAGAUCUAGGGAUACCACAGAAAUGGUUCAGUCUAUCACAGCUCCCAUGGAGUUAGUCUGGUCGCCAGAUAUGGAUGAGAGAUUCUAUUAAGUGGAUCAGAAUCAAACUGGUACAUCGAUCCACUUGAGCCGUUAAGUGCUCCCAAUUGUACAAUAUGCCCAGGCUUGCAGAAUGAAGCCAGCUUUUUAUUGUGAAUAGUAAUAAGGACAUAUUUUUCUUCAGAUUAUGUUUUAUUUCUUUGAAUUGAAUGAGGAACAUAAAAUGGCUUGGUAAAAGUAAUAAAAUCAGUACAAUCACUAACUUUCCUUUGUACAUAUUGUUUUGCAGUAUAGAUGAAUAUUACUAAUCAGUUUGAUUAUUCUCAGAGGGUGCUGCUCUUUAAUGAAAAUGAAAAUUAUAGCUAAUGUUUUUUCCUCAAACUCUGCUUUCUGUAACCAAUCAGUGUUUUAAUGUUUGUGUGUUCUUUAUAAAAUUUAAAUACAAUUCGUUAUUCUGUUUCCAAUGUUAGUAUGUAUGUAAACAUGAUAGUACAGCCAUUUUUUUCAUAUGUGAGUAAAAAUAAAAUAGUAUUUUUAAAAAUA